UAAUUAGGAUCAAUUAAUACUUCAGACACCUCUUCUCUUUGCCUUUUUUUUUUUGCUUGAGACUUAUUUGGCUCCUUCCCAAUUAUGGAUGUGGGUCUGUCUGUCUGCCUGUCUGCCUCCUGGAGUUAAGCAGUGGAAGAAGGGAGGAGGGUGGGUGGUGUAAUUUCAGAGAAUGAUGAUGAUGGGUGAUGGUGGUUUAGGGGUAUUGGGUUCAAGAUCCGUGGUCUGAAUGAAACUACGUUGGUGGUGAAAAAAAUCUAUGGCCCUGGAGCACCCUACUUCAUUCCAGAGCCUAAACUGAAAAAUGCAUUUCUCUGAUGCUUUUCAGAAUUUAUUUUUACCCAAACCCUGCUGCCUCUGUUUUGGCUUGGUCUCCUUUUCUGAAGUUUCAGAACCAGGAUUUGUGAGCUCUGACACAUCUUUGGAAAUGUCACCCAAACAGAAAUCCAAGAAAUAUUUUUGGAAAUCAAGCUAAUUCAACAGGAGCUGAAGGCCUCUUUUGCUUCUUUAUUUUUAUUUUUUGGAAUCCUCAUCAAAAAAAUCCUUGUAUUUAAUAUUUUAAGAAACCUGUGAAGUUUUUUGUUUGCUUUUUCUCCUGUAAGGACAUUUGACAGGAAAGAACAUUUCUAAUUCAAAUGUAUUUUAACCCAAAGGAAGGAAGGAUUCUGAACAUUAAUUUUGUAAUAAAUAUUACAUGUGGAAUACAAUAUUGGCUUCAUUUUAAAUCUGAUCUUCAUCCCCUAUCAUAUACGAAAGAAGAGACACUGGGAAGACAGAAAUACAUUUGAGAUCUAAGGACUUCACCCCACCUCCACAAAUGGAACUACACACAACAAAGCAACUGGAUUCCAUAUAACACUGGCACUUAUUAUUACUGGCAGCUUUAAUUUUUGGGUGGGGAGGGGGACAUUUUGUCUUUCUUUUUAUUCCCCUCCCAGCACUCUGUUGUAAAUGAUGGCUCAUCCUGGGAUAAGAGAUUACAGUAACCGGGAGAUAGUACUGAGGUACAUCCAUUACAAGCUGUCACAGAAAGGAUAUGACUGGGUUGCCAGUGGAGACAGAGAAAAUGUUUCUUCUGCUGUUGGGACCUUUCCUGCCCUUGGAGGACUGGUGCCUCUGCCUUCUGCUGCUGUUAGUAACUUGGCUGCCACUGAAGAACAUCCUGUACCCCAAGUUGUUUAUUCCACAUUAUGCCAAGCUGGUGAUGAGUUUUCCCGAAGAUAUCAAAGGGACUUUACCCAGAUGUCUGGUCAACUGCACUUGACUCCAGUCACUGCCAGAAGUCAUUUCAUGGCUGUUGUGGAAGAGCUGUUCCGAGACGGAGUAAAUUGGGGAAGGAUUGUGGCAUUCUUUGAAUUUGGUGGCAUGCUGUGUGUGGAAAGUGUCAGUCGGGAGAUGUCACCUCUUGUGGACAGUAUUGCUGAAUGGAUGACUGAGUACAUGAACAGGCACCUGCACAAUUGGAUCCAGGACAAUGGAGGCUGGGAUGCCUUUGUGGAGCUGUACAGCAACAACAUCAGGCCUUUGUUCGAUUUGUCAUGGCUGCCUCUGAAGACGAUCCUUAGUCUGGCAGUGGUGGGCGCCUGCAUCACCCUGGGGGCUUACCUGGGACAUAAGUGACUUUCGACUUCAUCCAACUGGUGAUGGACUGAUGGGAAAUCUUGAUUUCAGAAACUGAAAAAAGAGGAGUGUUGAAAGAAGAAAAUAAUAUGAGGUGUUUUUCUCCCCCCGUGUCAAAUAAUGCUAUUAUUUUAUGAGCCAAGUAUCUUUCUAUAUAUGUCUUCGGGUGUGAUUGGGUGUACACAGACACACGAGUGUGCAUAUAUUUAUACACACACAUGCGCGCGCAAGCACACACACAUAUUUGUGUGUAUACGUAAAUGCACACACACACACACACACAUACACAUAUAAUAUAUAUAUAUAUAUAUAUCUGCUAUUACUGCCAAAGGGAAUAUUCAUUUAUUUUUUACAUUGCAGAGGAGUUAUUUAUUAAAAGUAUUUUACAUUUAACCCACUAUUUUCCUAAAAUUCUGGAACACAAGCAUUGUAUAUUUUUUAAUGAAGAUUCCAAAGAUCUUCGGCUUCCUUAUAAAGCAUCAUUCCACAGACUAUUUUAUCACAAUAGGCUGAAGAACUGUAGGUAUAGAGACAUACCCUAACCCUUAGGAAGAGUGAUGAUAAAGUGGCGUAAUUUUGUAGGUAAGAUUUCAGAGCUGCCUAUGAAUAGGGUGACUUAAAAAGGCAACAGGAUGAGAAGACAAUGAUUUGGUGGUUCGGCAUGGUACCUAUUCAGAAUGAGAAACAAUGCCAGAUUCAGGCCAGUAAUAAGACCAUAUGGUUCAACCCUCUGUCCCUACAGCCGACAGCUGUUUUUGGAAAAAUGCCCAGCAGAGCAACAGCUGGAAAUAGUGAUUCAUGCAGUAUUUUGUUACAUGAGUGCUGUGCCAUUACAUACCACAAUUGGCCAUCGUUAUAAGGAAGCUAUUUGUGGGUCCUCAAACUGUGAUUUAAAAGGCUGAAAUGAAAUACAUUGGAAUGGGCAGAAACAGUUUCAUUAAAUAUUUCAUCGGUAAAAUUGCCGUUUUUCGUGCAAUUAUCAGGAAAACCAAAAGUGCCUGUGCCUGGCUUGCAGAACUGAAGCCUCAAAGUCAGCCGUGGCUCACAUUCCCAGUAGAAUGAGGGUUUGCUCGCAAUAGAGCCUGCCUUCCUUGGUUAAUUUUUCUUAGGGUCUUAAAUGUAAUUUUCUUUGUUAAUUAAUAACAUCUCAAAGUCGAAAACAGGCUCAAGGUUCAUUUGGCCAGAAGAAGCGAUUAGCUGGCGGAGAUUAGGUAUGGCUUCCUCUUUGUACCAAAAUUAACACCCAAAUUGCAUUCUUAGCCCUGGGCCAGUCCCAGAUUGGAAGUGUAUUUGCCUCAGAAGUGAUGCACACUAUUUAUUCCUUCAGAUGUCUUCGAAAAGAAAAGAAGAUAAAGAAAUGGUCCAACGCCUCCAUCUGGUAUGACUCAUAGACAUUCAACCCUUUGAGAUGCCAAGUGUUUUUGCAUGGAAAUCUGGAAAGGAAAGAGAAUGGAAAAUUUGUUACAAUAACUUUCAGCAAAAUGAAUAUGAAACUCUCCAUGCCUACACUUGGGUUCUUUGAUUAUAAAUAUCAAAGGUGGCUUAUAGGCAGAGCUUCUGGCACCUUAACUCAACAUCAUCAGGCAUCAACCCAGGUUUACGUUGAAGGUGUCCCACCCCAAACGACUGAGCACCUGUCACUUGAUUACUGUUCCUGUGAAUUCAUCUAUUAUCCAAAGAAUACCAAGUACCAAUGAAGCAAAGAGAAGUUGUAGCUGCCUCCCCUUAUCUUGACUUCUCCUUCUGGCCCUUGGUUCAAAUUAGGCUCAGAUGGAGAAGGCAAAUAAAUGAGGCAGUGGUGAUGACAAAGAUCCUGAGCCUUCCUGAGUAUGUGUGUGUGUGUGUGUGUGUGUGUGCUUACUGGGCAUUAUACCUCUAAACCCCCAAAAUAAAAAAAUUGGCAAUAUCUAAGAAUGUAACCAAGAAUGCAGUGGACUCCGUUCAUGAAGUUGUUUAACAGCAGCAUAGAUAUCAACUUGCUGGACUGCCUAAGGUGGACUUAGUCCCUGAAGAAGGCAAAUUGUCAGGAUGAUUGUCACUUGGACAAAAGCAGCUGUGGUAUUCAUUCCAGUAGUCCAUUGUUCCAUCUUAACAGUCCAUUUAUAUCACCAGAUUAAAUAAAUGGCCACAGUGAAAAGCCGCGUGUCUACACAGCUGGGACUUCUGUAGUUGUUCCGGACUUUGCUGUUGGGUUCAACACUGGAGAUUUUCUGCAAUGCUUUGAUUAUCUUGCAAAGGUGUUUGGGAUGUUGCAGAGGAAGGACUCAUCAAGUUCAAAGAUACCAACUUAUAAUUUGUUCCUUGGAUCCUAGGCAAUGUAUUUCAGAUUUGUGAGUGAGCUAUUACAUGAGGGGCAUCAUAGAUUCUGGGAUGAAAAUCAAAAACUGAAAGGAUCAAAAGGUUAAAUGAGAUGGACAUAUUUGACAUGAAUGAAUUUUUAUCUUGUUUAUUUUUUUAAAGCUUUCCUUUCCAUUUUUUUAAAAAAAUGUCUGUAAAACUGUAAAGUAGUAGAAGUUAUGAAAUAAUAUUAAUUCAGUGAUAAAAUGUCAGGACUGAAGUACAGUCAUCAAAAGCUUUGUAUUCAAAAGAAUGUAGCAAAAUAAUUAACAGAUACAACAUAUGUAAGAAGCGAAAUAACUUGAUUUUGUGGCAUUAUAUGCAAAAAAAACAACAACAACUAAUGAGGUCAGCCUUCUCUAACCUGGUACUUGCUAACAUGGAUUAGAUAACGCAAUCACCUUCAGAGUUCUUACUGACUGGAAAGCCAGCAUGUAAGUUUAAUAAAGAAAUAAUAACCAGCUUCCAUUGAUGUGCUGCUUAGUGACUGUAGUUGUAGUCCCAAAACAAUAGUUAGGCACCAAGCUGGAAAAGCUGGUCUCAAAAACGUAGUACUUUUAAACUUAAAAUGUAGUUCAGUCUUCCCCAACCUGCUGCAUUCCAAAUGUAUUGGAUUCCCCCAUAAUCAAAGGGAAUUCUGGGAGCUGAAGCCCCAUCAUAUCUGAAGAUCACCAUGGUUCGGGAAGGCUGCUGUGAUUCAUACCAUGUUUUCAAAGCUGCUUUAAAAAGUAAAUGGGCCAAGUCCACCAGAAAGCCACCUUUUCUCAGCUUUUUCUCCUGCCAAUGGAGCAUGCACACGAGAACUUUCUGGUAGGCUGAGCCCAGAGUUUUUAUGCAUGUUAAAACGUGGCUGUAGCUACUAUAUACAAUUAUGGCCUUUGCAUCCAGCAUUUCAAGAGCAUCCGUGAAAUGAGCGCUUUAAUUUCAUAGCAGAAAGAAAUCUAUAGAGAUAUGUGGUUGAAUUCUAAUUUCUAGAUACUGGGCAAUGUGUGUUACGGCUUCACUUUAUUUAGCUUUGCUAAGCCUAAAAAUGUUUAUUAACAUAUAUUAAAAGUGUCGAUUUAUAAAUAGCAAUUCUGUAUAAGUCAGGUGCAUUUAGAUUCUGUAGCAUUUCAGGCAUUUGAACUGUGCCUAAAAAUGACUGGAAUGUCCAAAGAGUCCAAACAUAUAAGAAAACCACACAAUGUUUUUCCAACUAGCCUUCAGUUAAAAUAUUUGGUGUAGAGAAGGAAUGCCACAAAAGCUGUGCCUUUGCAUUCCACAAACAAGCUUCAGGUCCUUGAAACUCCAAGGUGCAGUGAUUCACCAGGCUUAAAGUUUUACCAAAGAACUGGUUCACACAUCCUAAACUGAGACUAGCUCAUCCAACUGACUUACGGAAAACUGUGCAUAGAAUCAGACUAUUCCUUCAGUGUAAGAGCUCUCCUGAUAUCGGAAAAUACGAAUAGGAUUAAGUUGUGAUACACGUCAGUGUCAAAAUAGUAAUAAGCAUGUAUGUUUGAACUAGGUUCCUUAAUACAACCCCUUGGGCAAGUCUUAAAAUGCUGUCCAGAAGCUUGAGGAGAAUGACAAAAAAUAAUGUGUGGUCAGUGCUGUGUCAGAGGCUACAUGCUUUCAAAUAUGUCACGGAAGAACAUGGAGCAAGGCAUGAGAUGGUUCUAAGCUAUAGUAACAAGUAACUGCCCUACCAUUCUCACCAUUGAGAGGUAGGAAGAAAUUCAGAUCUGGUGUAGUGGCUCACCUCAUAUGCAAGAAAGUCAUUAUAAAUGAGCCAAAUGAAAUACUUUCAAGAAACUGCUUAAUUGGUGUGGCUAGAAUAGAAAUAUGGGAAUAUCCAUCAUCUAUAGCAGGGGUCUCUCCAAAACUUGGCAACUUUAAGACUUGUGGACUUCAACUCUCAGAAUUCCUCAGCCAGCCUCGGAUGGCUGAGGAAUUCUGGGAGUUGAAGUCCACAAGUCUUAAAAGUUGUCUAAUUUGGAGGACCCCUGUUCUGUUGACUAGGGCAGAAUAAUGAUGUUCCUCCAAAAGAGGUUGUGCGAGCAUCUGAGCAUAAUGGCUUAUGGGACAAGAAAGCAUGGAGCAUUCUCAGCACUUUCUCUUCUUAAUUUCCAGAUUCCUCUUCUUUAAAAAAAUCAUACUACAGGUCUCAAGCACCAUCCAGUAAGAACAGAAUGUUUUUGAAUGAAACGUUUACAUUAUCAAAAUAGAACGCUAUCUGAGCUAGGAAUGGCUAUGCUGCUAGAAAAUAGUAAUUAUUGGAACAAAGUUCAUUUUCUUGUAUUGCCUAAUGCUGCGAUUGUUUUUCAGAACUGCUUCACAUUGCAGGCAUGUAAAUAGAUGCUACUGCUGGGUGUUUUCCUGUUGUUUUUGUCCCCUUGGGCUUCGUGGUAUUGUAAGUGUCUACAUACCAGAGAAGUCCAAAUGUCUGUCAAUUGUCUUUAAUAGAUGGCCAGUAGUGUGUACCCCACUUCCCACCCCUCGAUUGCUGCAAAUUGUAUAAUACUGUGGCUGCACUAGCUAUAAGGAUUGUUAAUAUUAAUACUGUACUAUUCAAGUUGAACGUAUUUUAGAGAUGUUAAAUGUACAUAAAAGCUUGAUUUUGCCUA